GUAGCUGGUCCUUCGCACCUUGGGAACCAAAUGACCAUGCUGCAGCGGCUUCGGCAGGUGUGCCAGAGCGAAAAAAUGCUGCCCCCCGAGCUCCUGCAGUACUUGCGAGACACACCCGACGAAGCAAUAGAUCUAGACCAGGUAGAAGACAUCUUUGUGAAAUUCGGUCAACGAGAACGAUUCUGGCUGGAACUUUUUGCAGAUAGAGAGGAAUGCCCCAUCUGCCUGGAAGCAUUUGAUGACGAGACCCGUUGCCCGGCGGUGACAGAGUGCGGGCACGUUUUUUGUUCGGACUGCAUCUUGACAAAGUACACCCAGCACACUUGUCCGGAGUGCCGGCACCCACUGGACAAGAAAAAGAUCAAGAAGCGACCUAGUGACUAUGCAGGACAACUGAAAGCGUACGAAGAGAAGAAAAGCCGAGGUCGCCGUAGAAGCAAUAGUGGUCCAUCGGCUGCUGCGGACGAAGCUGCAGAAGACGAAGCUGCAGAAGAUGUCGAUAUAGUCGUGGAUGCUAAAACGCGUACCGUGGCCGAGCUACUCCACGCAAAGUUCGGAGAGCGCAUGAAGCUCCGCUCAUCUUUGACAGACGGCUCGUCGACUCAGCCUAGUACCGCCAGCGUACUUGGUAAAAACGAUCUUGGCUCCAGGGACGGCAAAGUCAUUAUUUUCAGCGAGUGGCGCGACCAGAUAAAGGCUAUGCAAGCUGCGCUGUUCCCGUCCGAG